UGCCGCAAUGAAAUUUGAGGACCUACUAAUGCAACGAAGCGACGAGCGGCAGAGAAGGCUCGACCUCGAGGAAGAGGUCAAGAAGUUACAAGCAGAACUAGAUGGGGAACAGGCACUCAACAGGGUUUUGCGCUUUGCACUUCAAGGCCCAGUUUCCUCCCAUUUAAGUCUUUCCUCAUUGGUUCCACCUCAGGUUCAGGUGCUUUUGGAAGAGCUAGCAAUGGUGCAGGAAGAAAUAACAUGGCUGGAGAGAAAAGUUGAGGAACUGAAAUUAAGCUUGCAUCAAGAAAGGGAAGAGAAUGUAGAAAGGGAAAUCCAGAACUUCAGAAGGCUGCCAGAAGAUAGUCAUGACUUGCUAUGUGUGCCCGAGGACUGGUCAUUGCUUGAUGACCAGCGUUCCAGAUCACAAAAUUAUGAUGAUUUUAGGAAAGAGAGAAUCACAAGGCAAAGAAGACUUUCGUUGGGUUCUGUGUCAGAAAUCCUUAGCAUGUCUUCUACAAGAGCCAAUGAAGAAUGUCAAAUGUCGAGGAGGCAUACCAGGAGAUCAUUGAAUCGAUAUCAUCAACAACACCAUAUUAAUAAAGAAGCAGCCUUCGAGAAACCAAAUGAACUCUCAGAGAAACUAAUAAAGUGCCUAAUCGGCAUAUUUCUCGAGCUAAACCAGACAUCUCUGGACAGAGAAGGAUCAGCUGUAGUUCCAAAGCUUACUCUCCCCUGCAUGAAAUCAAAAGGCUUCAUAGCAAAGACCACAUUCAACUCAUGCAGAACAGUACCCACAUUCCUAUUCAAUGACACCAACUCGAAUCUCGAUCCUUAUGGCAUGUUGCCAGAUUUAGAUGGCGCUGUCAGGGAUGUUGGUCCGUACAAGAACUUCAUCCAAAUCACAAGAAGCUCAACAGACAUCGGCCGGUUCUCAGAGUUCUUACCGGCGAUGAGGAAACUGAGGGUUUUGAUGCGCAAGCUAUGCAAUGUCAAUUUGACAUUAUUGACCUACAAGCAGAAGCUGGCAUUCUGGAUCAACAUCUACAAUGCCUGUAUAAUGCAUGCUUUUCUAGAACAUGGGCUACCCUCUACAGAGGCCAAACUACUGGCACUUAUGAACAAAGCAGCAGUGAAUGUUGGAGGAAUAGUACUGAAUGCUUUGGCUAUCGAGCAUUUUAUUCUCCGACAUCCAUGCGAACCUCAGCAAGGCCCAAUGGACGAGAAGGAAACACUGCUACGGCAUGCUUAUGGUUUGGGGUAUCCAGAACCCAACGUCACAUUUGCCCUCUGCCGGGGCAGUCGGUCCUCCCCAGCAUUAAGGGUGUACACCCCAAAUGAAGUAGUGAAUGAACUCGGCAGGGCAAAAGUAGAAUAUCUGGAAGCUUCAGUGGGAGUCACCAGCAAGAGAAAGAUUGUAGUGCCUAAGCUUUUGCAGUGGCACAUGAGAGAUUUCGCAGAUGGCAUGGAAUCUCUACUAGAAUGGAUUUACAGCCAAUUGCCGCGUUCUGGGUCAUUGAAAAAAUUGAUGAUGGAAUGCCUGAAUGGGGAAACAAGAUCUCAUAUAACAAAAAUGGUAGAAAUCCAACCAUAUGAAUCUGAGUUCCGCUACCUAGUGCCUUUCUAAGUGAAGAAGAAAUAACAAUGUCCCAGCAAGCAAAUAAUGUGAACAUGAUUCGACCACAAACAAGCUUGCUAUAUUAGCUGGUAUGACAUGAGUGUUAUGAAA